AAUAACUUGAAAUUUUAGUGGAAUACCGAAGAAUUUCAUGAAAUUUCUUAAGUAGUGUAAUUCCGAGGAAUUUUUGUCCAAGAAUUCCAUUGAAUUUGAUGGUGGAAUUCCAUAGAAUCAUAUGAUGAAAUUCGGAAAAGUAUUAUGAAAUCCUACAGCAAAAUGUCUAGGGAUUUCCGUUUUUCCAUUUAAAUUUGUCAUUUGAAUUUAGAAUUUCUAAAAACUUUUCAAAAACCCCUAAAAUGCUCCAGAAUCCCCUAAAAUUUUGAAAAUCUAACAUCUUCUGAACUCCUGUAAAAUCGUGUAAAGGUUUUCAAAAAUAAAUCAUUCAGUACUUCAGUAACUUUUCAAUUUUCUAUUUACUCAUAGUUAUUUGUAAGUUUAUCUCAUUAAAACUCUUUUUCCGUUUUGUUCACAUUCAAAUUGAAAAUAAUCAUUACAGAAUUUAAUUACUAGGCUUUAAAAUCAAUAAAAUAUUGCCGCAAAAACUCACAUUUUCCAUGUUUUCCUCAAUGACCUACGCAACUUGUUAAAUUUUUAAUAAGCAAGGUUGUAAAUUCAAUUUUUAACCUCCAGUUGUGUGUUUCUGGUCCAGCAGACCUAUCUUUAUGUAGGAACAUUAGCAUUUUAUAAAAACUUUCCUUAUAGUCCUGGUAAGAUACAGACUUUCUCCGUAUUGAUUAUUUCCACAAGAAAAUCAAUAUUUUUCUAGGACAUGUUUGGAACAAGCAGUAAAACAUUUGUGAAUUAUUGAAAUGAAGGAACAACAAAUAGUUUAUUGUUUAUUAAUAGUUUUCUUUGAUUUACUUAAAAAUAUUCACGCAAUUGACUGCUUCAAAUGCAUAUCAUUAAAUAAAGAUUAUCCAGCUUGCGAGGAUCCUUUUCACAACAAUUUUUCAUCAGAUGUAUAUGAAUCCCCCUGUAUGGGAGGUAGAAAAGGUAGAGAUGGACUAUUUCCGGCAACUUCUUGUGUUAAAAUAACAGGAGUAUUUGAUGAUAAUAAAGAAACUAUAACUGUAAGAAGUUGCGCUUUGGACAGUGGAACCUUAACUACUGAUACUGAAUUGGUUAGAAUGUCUCAUUGUGGAAGUUUUUACUAUUCAAACAGAUAUGUGAGAGGAUGUGUGCAAAGUUGCAGCGAUGCAGACGCCUGCAAUUCAUCUCCAACACAAAAAAUUACCAAGAUAAACAUUAUGAAUAUUUUAUUGUUUUAUAUUGCUCUCAAGUUUUUGAUAAUGUAGGUACUUUUACAAAACAAAGCAUUCCAGAAAAAAAAUUAUAUAAAACGAAAUUUGUAUAGUGUACAAAAAUUGUAUUAUUGAGAUUCUUGUAAAUUCAAUGUCCAUAGGCAAACAAUAUGUUUGUUACUUGGUUUAUUGCAUAAGUAUUACUUGUUAUAUUUAAAUGCAAAUAACAACAACACUUCCCGCCUUUAUGGCCUAACAAACAAGAGCCACUCGUUUAGUAUCACUUUAUGCACUUUUUAUAUAAAUUAGGAAUUGAUCCAACAUAAUUUUCUAGUGAUUAAGGUAGAAUAAGUUCGCCGUUAAACUUAUAGAAAACAAGAACCAAAUCUUCCAACAUAAUAUAUUGUUUUUUUUUGUUUUCAUAAUUUAUAUUUGCUUAAAAUUUGUUUCAAACAAAAUCAUUUAUUUUAAAAUUAUAAGUGAAAUUCGUAGUACUUAAAUAGCAAAAAAAAUAAAGUACCUAUCCUAAGAACUAGUAUAUUUUGGUUUGCUUUCUUGAUCAGUAACAGACCGGAUAUAAAUAGCAUCCUCUGGUAGUGGAUGAGGAGGAUUGUCUUCUUCCAAGAAGUAUGAACAGCCAAUUGCCA